UCUGGGUGGCUUGUUGGAGCUUGAGGGGCUGCUUCUUCUAUCGAACUUGGAAUACUAGGCUUUGGUGGAGCUAAAGAAUCGUUCUUGAGGUCUUUGGUGCUGUCUUGGUUCAUGUGGAUGAGAGCUUCUUUGGGUUUUCUCUGAUUCUUUUGGUGAAUUCAUUCCUUGGAAGACACUAUGGAUGCUGCUGAGAUUGAAGAGAGUCUGUUUGUAAAUGGUGAUGCAAAGCUGCAUGGAGAGAUGUGUAGAAAGCUUUCAACAAUUGUUGGUAGAGUUCUGGCCAUCUUUCCGGCAUUGGAAGCAGGGAGACCAAGGAGCAAGUCUGGGAUACAAGCGCUUUGUUCGUUGCAUGUUUCUCUCGACAAGGCUAAGAACCUUCUCAUACAUUGUUCAGAAUGCAGCAAACUGUACCUGGCUAUAACUGGCGAUCCCAUUCUCAUGAAAUUCAAGAGGGCGAGAUGCUCCCUUCUUGAGAGUCUUAGGCGUGUUGAAGGCAUAGUCCCGGAAGAUAUUGGUUGUCAGAUUAUGGAGAUUGUCGGUGAGCUGGAAGAAACCAUUUUUACGUUGGAUGAGUCAGAGAAAGCUGUAGGCGAUGAAGUGAUUUCUUUGCUUCAGAAGGAUAGGCAAUGUAACGGCAGUCUGAAUGACAAUGAAGAACUUGAAGUCUUCCACCAAUGCACGUCGAGGUUGGGUAUUACAUCCUCUAGAUCAGCUCUUGCUGAGAGAAGAGCUCUCAAGAAGCUAAUUGACAGAGCACGUGCUGAAGAAGACAAGCGGAAGGAAUCCAUUGUCUCGUAUUUGUUGCGUCUCAUGAGGAAAUACUCAAAAAUUUUCAGGAGUGAGAUUGGGGAUGAUACUGAUUCUCAAGGAUCGACACCACGCUCACCCACUGUCUUAGGAUCUUUUGAAGAGAUCUCCUGUGCUGGUACAAAUGGUCUUGCUUUUGAGAGGCAGCUGUCGAAACUUCGGUCGUUCAAUUUCAAGCAAAAUAGCAAGACAUCAGGAAAUAUGCCUAUCCCGCCUGAGGAAUUCAGGUGUCCGAUCUCCCUGCAGCUAAUGUCUGACCCGGUUAUAAUUUCAUCAGGGCAGACUUAUGAGCGAAUUUGCAUUGAGAAAUGGUUCAAUGAUGGGCACAGCACCUGUCCUAAAACUCAGCAACAGCUCUGCCAUCUCAGCUUAACACCGAAUUACUGUGUCAAGGGCCUGAUCGCUAGUUGGUGUGAACAAAAUGGGAUUCCGAUACCAUGCAGUCCGCCGGAGUCAGUUGGGGUCAGUUAUUCAAGGUUGGCUUUGGAGGGUACUGAUUCUCAAUCCAUAGGGAGUGUAGACUCCUGCAAGCCAAAGAGUAUUAUGAUGCAUCAUUUGGACGAGAGCUGCAUUUCCGAGGAACUUGAGGGGAAUGGCGUGGGUACUUUAGAAGAUAAUAGUUCUUGCCAGGAUAGGGCAGCCGGUGAGCUUGAAAGUUACGAUAGCUUGUUGACUGUACUUUAUGAAGGUAAGAGUGCAAGGAGACGAUGUAGAGCAGUUGAACAGUUAAGGUUUUUGCUUAAGGAUGACGAAGAAGCAAGGAUUUAUGCUGGGGCAAAUGGGUUUGUCGAUGCACUCAUCCACUUCUUGCAGUCAGCUAUUGACGAUGGCGAUCAAAAAUCUCAGGAGGCCGGAGCGAUGGCUCUUUUUAACCUUGCCGUUAACAAUAAUAGGAAUAAGGGAAUGUUAUUAUCUGCGGGAGUGAUGCCUCUUUUGGAGCAAAUGAUUUUCAACACACAGAUAUAUGAAUCAGCCACCGCCCUCUACCUCAACCUCUCAUGCCUUGAUGAUGCCAAACCAAUCAUCGGUUCGAGUCAGGCUGUUACCUUUCUGGUCCAGCUCCUUCAGGCGGACAGCUCCGCGAGCACCUCCUGCAAGCAUGAUGCCCUCUACACCCUCUACAAUCUCUCUACUCAUCCUUCAAACAUCCCGUCCCUCCUUGCUGCCGGCAUUGUUGAUGCUCUCUACUCACUUCUUGUGUCAUCUGCCGAGUCUUCUCGAUAUGCCUGGGCAGAGAAAACACUCGCUGUCUUGAUAAACCUCUCAUCAAGCAAAGCCGGGAAACAUGAAAUCGUGUCAACGUCCGGUUUGAUAGGAGCAUUAGCAAUGCUUCUGGACACCGGUGAGUCAUCUGAACAAGAACAAGCCGUGUCUUGUCUUCUAUUAUUGUGCAAUGGCGACGAGAUAUGCAGCCAGAUGGUACUCCAAGAAGGUGUAAUUCCAGCUCUGGUAUCCAUAUCAGUGAGCGGGACGACGAGGGGAAUUGAGAAGGCACAAAAACUGCUAAAGCUAUUCCGGGAGCAGCGGCAGAGUGAGCCGGCUCUCUCAUGUGUACAACAACACAAUGAAGAUUGCAGUAAUGGCAAUGCAACAGUGUCUGAAACAAAAUCAUUAUGUAUAUCGAAAUCGAAGAAAUUCAGUAGGACUUUGAGUUCAAUGUGGAAGAACAGGACUUUUUCGGUGUAUCAUUGUUAGUCUAACUUGGUCUCUCAAUGUAAAUUCCCUCAUCUUGUGUAUCAAUUUCACUCUUUAUUCCUGUUUUUGCUGUUGUUUGUGCUUUAUAGGCAUUUUCCCUUUUGCCUAAAAAGAAAUGAAUGAAAGAAAUAGAA